ACCAUCAGACAGGAGGGGGAAAAAAAGAGGCUUUCUGCAUCUUUAUAUGCACACAGACUGAACACAUUUUUCAUAAUUUCAUUUAAGUGUAUGCACUUGCAUCGUGCACUGACGUGCAAACUCAAAGAAACAAACCAGAUCUCGAAGGAGUUUACAUGGUGGUAUGUGUAAUACAUCAAGAUGUUGGCUGUUCAUCUUGUUUCCUUCUUCUUCUCCAAACUCCAGGAGGACCCCACAAAGAAGGUGGACAGGUUUCUGUAUGCAAUGCGUCUCCAUGACGACCAGCUAAAGGACAUCUCGGCUCGUUUCCAGGCUGAGAUGAAGAAGGGGCUUUCAGCAGAAAGCAAUGUCACUGCAACAGUGAAGAUGCUGCCAACACAUGUCCGCUCCACUCCUGUUGGAUCAGAGAAAGGACAGUUUCUGGCGUUGGAUCUUGGAGGCUCCAAGUUUAAAGUGCUCCAAGUUAAAGUGAGAGAGGGAAUGGGGAUUAGGAGGGGAGGAGUGGAGAUGGAGGAGAAGACUUACCCCAUACCUGGGGAGCUACUUGCGGGGAGAGGAGCAGAGUUAUUUGACCAUGUGUCAGAGUCUUUAAAGGACUUCCUUCAUGAGAAGAACAUCAGCUUGGAGAAGAAACAUCCUCUGGCCUUCACUUUCUCCUUCCCCUGUGAACAGUCCACCCUGGAUCAGGGAAAAUUGUUAAACUGGAGUAAGAACUACCAGGUUCGAGGCUUCCAGGGAAAGGAUGUGGUCCAGGCCCUCAGAGAAGCUAUUGACAGAACUGGGGGAAUGAAUAUGGAGGUGUUGGCUAUGGUUAAUGACACUGUAGCCACCAUGAUGACCUGUGGGUUUGAUGACAAUUACUGUGAAGUAGGACUCAUCAUUGGUACAGGCACCAAUGCGUGCUACAUGGAGGAGCUACGUCACGUUGACCUGGUGGAGGGAGACGAAGGCAGGAUGUGCGUGAACACUGAGUGGGGAGGCUUUGGAGAUGACGGGGCUCUGAAUGAAUACCUCACUGAGUUUGACAAGGAUGUCGAUGCAGCCUCCAACAACCCUGGGAAACAAAUCUUUGAGAAGAUGGUCAGUGGGAUGUAUCUGGGUGAGUUGGUGAGGCUGGUUGUGUUAAAGAUGGCUAAACAAGGCCUGCUGUUUGAUGGAUUUGUGUCCCAUGCCCUGAGGACCAAAGGAAAAAUAACCACUGCAGAUGUGGCAGCCAUGGAGGAGUACAAAAAUGGUCUGAAGAACACCAAAGACAUUCUCACGGGCCUUGACUUGAACCCUUCUCCUGAUGACUGCAUCGCUGUCCAGCAUGUCACCACCAUUGUGUCCUUCAGGUCCUCAAAUCUGGUUUCUGCGGGACUGGCUGCCAUCUUGACUCGUAUAAAGCAAAACCGGAAUUUGAGGGCAUUAAGGAUCACUGUAGGUGUGGACGGAACAGUGUACAAGACCCACCCACAGUAUCCUAAACGCCUCCACAAAGUGGUGCGCCGGCUGCUUCCUGAGUGCCAUGUCAGAUUCGUCUUGUCAGACAGUGGCAGCAGCAAAGGAGCUGCCUUGGUAACAGCAGUUGCUCAACGACUGGCAUCACGGAGGCGAAAGGUGGAUGAGACACUGUCUCCCUUCAGACUGAGCCAUGAGCAGCUCCAGUUGGUGAAGGCCAGGAUGAGGACGGGGCUGGAGGCAGGACUAAAGACAAAAGGCCCCUCUGCUAUCAAGAUGCUGCCUUCCUUUGUGUACCAUACACCUGAUGGCACAGAGCAUGGAAAAUACCUUGGUCUGGAUCUGGGAGGAACCAACUUCAGAGCUUUGCUAGUGAAGUUCAAAAAAGGUCUUCAGCAUAACACACGACUCUACCAUAAGCUCUACACCAUACCUCAGGAGAUAAUGCAGGGAACUGGAGAAGACUUGUUUGAUCAUAUUGUGGAGUGUAUUAGUGAUUUCCUGGACUACAUGGGUUUGAAAAACGCUCGUCUUCCUGCGGGCUUCACCUUCUCUUUCCCCUGCGAGCAGACGGCCAUUGACACGGGGACACUGGUGAGCUGGACCAAAGGCUUCAAGGCCACAGACUGUGAAGGGCAUGAUGUUGUUAGCUUGCUGCGGGAGGCCAUCAAGAGACGCAAUGAGUUUGACUUGGACAUAGUAGCUGUAAUCAAUGACACAGUUGGGACGAUGAUGAGCUGCGCAUAUGAAGACCCUCAGUGUGAGGUUGGGCUGAUUGCUGGAACUGGCAGUAAUGUUUGUUACAUGGAGGAAGUGAGGAACAUUGAGAAGACUGAACAAAAGAAAGGACAAAUUGAAAGAGAAGAGCAGCAUGAUGGGACAGAAGGAGAGAAAAACCCAGGGGAUGCCAAGAUACAAAAGAUGUGUAUCAACACAGAAUGGGGAGGUCUGGGUGAUGAUGGCUCUCUGAAUGAUAUCAUCACACCUUAUGAUGUUGAGGUGGACCAAAACUCGUUUAACAACGGAAAACAAAGGUUUGAAAAGCUGACCAGUGGGAUGUAUUUAGGUGAAGUUGUCCGUCAGGUAUUACUGGAUUUGACCAGAGGGGGUUUGCUGUUCAGAGGACACGUCACUGAACCUUUAAAAACACGUGGAAUAUUUGAAACGAAAUACCUGUCACAAAUAGAGAGUGACCGCCUGGCUCUACUGCAGGUCAGAUCCAUUCUCCAGGGGCUGGGGCUCGACAGCACCUGUGAUGACAGCAUCAUUGUAAAAGAGGUAUGUGGAGCAGUGUCACGUCGCGCAGCUCAGCUGUGUGGGGCAGGAAUGGCGGCUGUGGUCGAUAAGAUCAGAGAGAACCGAGGACUGGACCAUCUCAACAUCACUGUAGGGGUAGAUGGGGCACUUUACAAACUACAUCCACAUUUCUCUGGAGUCCUCCAAGAGACUGCUAGCGUUUUGGCUCCCCAGUGUAACGUGACCUUCCUCCCAUCAGACGAGGGCAGUGGGAAGGGUGCUGCACUCAUCACAGCUGGGGCCAGACUGAAAGAGAAGAUGUAACUUCACAGACAAAAUUUUAUAUAUAGACAGUUUUUGUUUCAGUUCCUGUAAUUUUUAUUUUGCAAUAUGGAAUGUCUGAUACCCUAUGCAAUGCUGUUCUUGUCACUGGUAAUGUCCUGAAUGUCGUGUGGGAGAACAUCAGUCACUCGUCACAUCUUGACCUGACAGCAAGGAUCUUGAUCCAGAGGUUCUUGAUCCCUGUCAGGCUUCCCACCAGCAAACAAAACUAUAUGAGCUUUGUGGUGCGUCCACAGUAAUGCUGUCAGGGAUUUAAUCACUGUCCCUAUUAAUGUUUGAAGGACCAGGUUAAAGGAACAAAUUAAUGAAUUCAUUAAUUAUAUAUCUUUUUUUUUUUUUUUACAAAAUUACAUUAAAUCUGUUUCUUUCCUUAGAGAAAAUGUUUCUUAUUUGUCCAUCAAAAAGCCUUUCCUCAGUUGUUGGCUGUGUAGUAGUGAUACACAACACACUUUCCAAAUUUCAGUAUUAAUGCAGGACUGACAUAGCAAACAUAUUUGGUUCUUCAUCCUUAUUUGGUACUUGAAGGUUUUAAAACAAAGCCUUUCACUUUCCAGCCAUUAACAAGUUGGUCGUGCGAUAAGCAUCACACCCACAGCUGCACAGUCACAUGCUGGCCAUGCACUGGGUACACCCUCAGAUAUCAGAGCUGAGUACUUUGCAAGUAAGACGAGAUCAGUCAAAAUGUGAUCACACUGCACUCAUGAUGUGAAGAACUGAACCGUUUCGCACCAAUUUUUAUCAGUGAUUGGGUUAAUACGUUUUUCACUUCUUUGGACCAGAUGACAAUAAUUCAAUAAAUUAUUUUUAAAUAUC